CUUCGUUGAAAGCAAGCGGUGGAUGAGGAUUAGAAAUACAUACACACACACACACACGUGUGGCCAUUUAUCCUAAUCGGUUGUGGUAUAUAAGGCGACUACUCGGCUUGGAAACGUCUUUCCAUCCCCCAAUCUUGCGCAAAGAACUUGGCCCCCCUCACGAGAGUAUAUAUAUGUCUUGUCUCUGAGAUUCUACUUCCCGCACCCGCCCUCGCUAUAUCUACCCAGCCCCGCUCCAGCCAGAUACCUACCUACCACUAAACAAACCACUGUCUCCUCCCGUCCUUCGCCAUGUCCGUUCUGCCCAUGGCCCCGCCCCCAAAGGGCCCCUUGAACCGCUAUCGGCUUCUGUCGCCAACAGCUUCGGUUCGUGUGAGCCCGCUGUGCCUCGGUGCCAUGAAUUUUGGCAAUGCCUGGAAAGGCUACAUGGGAGAGUGCGACCAAAAGACGACGGAAGAAAUCCUGGAUUUCUUUUACGAAAGCGGAGGUAUGGCAACUCGAAAUCCAAUACCCUGUUCAAGCCCACUGUCAUGUCUCUGCUGGGAUUGGGGAGGGAACCUGACAAGUGCCUGUUUCUACUACUUAGGAAACUUCAUUGAUACCGCCAACAACUACCAGAGCGGGGAAUCAGAGACCUGGAUCGGAGAAUGGAUGAAGAAGCGCGGCAACCGUGACCAGAUGGUCAUCGCAACAAAGUUCACCACAGAAUUCAAGAGCGCCCACGCAGGCAAGGAGAUUAUAGUCAACUUUGCCGGAAACAGCACAAAGAGUCUUCGCGUCUCUGUAGAGUCCAGUCUGAAAAGGCUGCAGACCAGCUACAUCGACCUCUUAUACGUCCACUGGUGGGACUUUUCAACCACUAUCCCCGAGCUGAUGCAGUCGUUGAACGGCCUUGUCACCAGCGGCAAGGUGCUCUACCUAGGCAUCAGCGACACGCCGGCCUGGGUCGUGAGCAAGGCCAACCAGUACGCGCGCGACCACAACAUGAGGCAAUUCUCCGUCUACCAGGGCCGCUGGUCGGCCGCGAACCGGGAUUUCGAGCGCGACAUCAUCCCCAUGUCUCGCGACGAGGGCAUGGCUCUCGCGCCGUGGGGCGCGCUGGGCGGCGGCGCUUUCAAGACGGAGGAGCAGCGGCAGCAGGCGCGCGAGGGCCGCAACAUCGAGCAUAGCGAGCGCGAGAUCAGCGUUAGCAAGGCGCUCGAGGCCGUGGCCAAGCGCAAGCAGACCAUCAUCACCAGCGUCGCGCUGGCCUACGUCAUGCACAAGACCCCCUACGUGUUCCCCAUCGUCGGCGGCCGCAACACGCGCCACCUCAAGGGCAACAUCGAGGCCCUGACGCUGCGCCUGACCGCCGACGACAUCGCCGAGAUCGACGCCGCCGCGCCCUUCGACAUCGGCUUCCCCAACACCUUCCUCUACGGCGAGGCCAUGACGGGACACCCCAACGAGAUGUGGCUGGCUGGCAUGGCCGGCACCCAAGACUUCGUCCCCCUCCCCAAGCCCAUAACUCCGGCUGAGUAGAUAGCAUGAGCAAAAGGGGUUUAUUUAGGGACGAACGAAAACACUAUUUUAGUGCUAGAAUUGUGCAGGACACGUAUUACCGAGAAUUAUUAAACAAGAUACUAGUGGUUCGUUUUUAUUUCCUUAUACACACUUCAUGGACGUGGUAGAACACUGCGAAGUUUCGGUACGGCUCUUGGCAAAAAGUCGAAAAGG